CAAGUUCGAUACUAUCGCACUUUAUAAAUUCCAUCGAUACUAUCGAUGGAGCCAUCGAUGGAUUUCCCAGCUCUAAAGUCGAGGCAAAGUGUCUGCACUGAGAAAUAUAAGCUAAAUAAUAUAAACUAAAUAAUUUAAAAUAAAUUGUGUAAAUCAAAUUACUAUUCCCAGUCGACCUAGUUUUUUAAAAGCAGCCCCUGGUUCGCAUGGAUUUUGCGGAGACAACAAGAACCCAAAACGAAGAUGAAAACUACAGCUUGCUGUGCAAAGCCCAUGAGCAAUUCAACAACAACGAGUACGACCGCUGUCUGGAGCUUCUGCAGCAGCUGGAGUCCAAGGGAGAAAACAGCAGACCCAUUUUACGGCACAACACGGCUGUAGUUAACUAUUACAAAAGCGGCUGCACCCAGCACGCUACGUUAUUGCAGGACUUAGAAGAAUUGGUUCUAGACGUCAAGCCCAUACCUGGCUCUGGCUCCGUGGCCAGUGGCACCGAGGGAGUAACUGUUGGCCUGUCGCUGAAACAUGGGGGAGGGGGUAGUGCUGCGACUGUAGCACGCUAUAACAAGGCGGUCAUCUACUACCAUCGGCACAUGUAUGCAACCGCCUUGGAAAAGUUGGCUCCAUUAGUCGGUCGUAUGGAGGCUUUAGAGAAGACCAUUUUGGCCCUGGUGGCCACACUGCAACUGCAGCUGCUCCUAGCUACCAAUCAGUUGAAUCGCGCCGAGGCGUUUCUGGACCACUUACAAUACAAACUCAAUUUAGUAUCCAGUGCUCCAACCAUCGUCCCUACCACAAACACCACCAACACCAGCAGCAGCAGCAGCAACAACACGAGUGCCAGCAACCCAGAGGAGGCCACUGCUGCAGCCGCCACUGUGGGAUCUUCUGAUCCAGUCGUAGCUCGUGUGGGUAACGAGGGAAGCAAAGGUACUAGCUUGCAACUACUGCAGCUGCUGACGCACGUCCUCAAUCGAAAGCCCGUGCUUAUAACCGAGGAUGGCAGUCCGGAAUAUGCAGCUCUUAAAGCGCAGCAGUACUACAUUAUGAAGGACUUUCAAAUGGCCGCAAAGCAAUUGAUGCGCAUUAACAAUGAAUGCACUCAGUCUGGUACCAUUACUCCACACCUCAGUACUUGCAUUGCCAACAACAUGGGCGUCAUCCAUUUAAGAGUGCGUCACUAUGCUAUUGCGGCAAAGUUCUUUCAGAAUGCCCUCAACUUUGAUAAGCAGUUGGCUUUCAAUUUGAGGCAGAGAACGCUGCAGACCAUGAGCUCGGCCCACUCCUGCGAGAUUCUGUACAAUCUGGGAAUUGCCAUGCUUCAUCUACGGCGUGCCAAGGAGGCGUUCCAAUGUUUUCUUGUGCCAAUCAAGCAAUAUCACAGCAAUCCCCGACUAUGGCUGCGCAUGGCGGAGGCCUGCAUUAUGCAACAUGAGGCGAAAGUGCAAGAGGAAGAGCGACAAUUUCUGCCUGCCAACGAACACAAUGCCAGGAAAAAGCAAUAUGCUCCUCAGUCGGCAGCUGUGCCUGAGCUUACAUUAGAAUUUGCUGCCCUGUGCUUACGAAACGCCCUGUCGCUUACUCUCCAUUAUAAGGCAAAUUUUCAUGUUGUCGUUUUGUCGGAGGACUCACCAGAGCAGAAAAGUGAUCUGGACCAGCAAUCGUGGCGACAUUUGCAGGACAAUAAUUUUUGCAACCCAUCAAAGCCAAUUAGUAUAGAAUCAUUAGAGAAUAUGCUUGCCGCCAUUUAUGCUGCGCAUAGUUAUGUCUCACUGCGCCUUGAGGAUUAUGUGACGGCUUUGGAAAUGGCCCAACAAAUGCUCCACUGCGAACGGUUGUCGGAUGCCCACAAAUUGCUGGCUCACAUGUACGCCGCCGAAGCGUUAAUGCGGAUGCACAAGCCUACUGAAGCUCGCGAUCACCUGGACCCAUCAUUCGUCGGAACACUAAAUGCCUUUGAUCUAGAGACUCGUGAUUGGCAGCUCAAGUCUCUCGACGCAGCUCAGAAUGUGGUGCGCUACAAUCUGGCCGUUGUAAUGGCCAUGCAGAAGGACUAUCCAAAGGCCAAAACACUUUUGUCCACUCUGACCCAUGCAGUGGUCAGCCCGAAGGCACUGACUUUACGUCGCCACAUAGACACAUAUUCUGCCUAUCCUGCACCCAAUUAGACAACAAAUUGUGUAAAUAUUGUAGACGGAUUUCAUCUGAUAAAUAACAAAACUGAAAACCGAAUGUAAAUAUAAAGAAAUUCUUGACACAUGUA